GUAAUACAAAACAAGUCAAGUUUAGCGAAUAUCAGACAAUAUUACCAUGUCGUUGAGUAGUAAUGAGCUCAACUAUCUAGUGUGGAGAUAUCUCCAGGAGUCCGGGUUUGAUUUAGCGGCGUUUGCACUUGAGAAACAUGCUCAUUGUCUGGAAUAUGAACGAGAAGAUAAUGAGACGAUAAUAUCUAAAAUACAACCAGGAUGUUUAGUUAAUUUAGUUCAAAAGGGGAUAUUAUAUUCUGUAGCUGAAGAUGAAGCAAUAGAUCCAUCUUCAUCAUCAUUUAAAAAUAGUUUGAAUUUAUUUGGAGCAUUAUUACGAGAAGAAAUAGAGAAUGGGAAGUCAAAGGAUGAAGGAGAUUUGAAUGGAGAUGAAGAAACGAGUCGAUUCUUAUUAAAAUCAGAAGCCAAAUUAAAUGGGAAUAAACCUGAUGAAAAUAGUAUGGAAAUAGAUUCAGGAGAUAUUGAAUCUACUAAUUCCAAUACUAAUAGUGUAAUUGUAAAUGAAGAAUUUUCUACAAAAGUAUUGAGUUCUAAAAUUAUAUUCGAUGAAAGUUUAGUAUCUCUGUGGCAUCCAAGCACUGAAGUAUUUGCUUAUGGAAAACAAAAUUCAACAGCUAUAAUAAAUGCAAUAAAGGAUGGAUCUAUUGCUGAAUCAGUUAAUUUACUUCAUCCUAAUGUUUUAAAUUCAAAUAAUGAAAUUAAUAUUGUAUCAUGGUCACCUCAAGGAAAUGUAAUUAUAACAGGAGGAACUGAUGGAGAAUUACGAGCAUGGUCACCCGAUGGGAAAUUAAGAAAUAUUGCUCAUUUAUUUAAUGAUGAAAUACCAGAAGAAAGAAAUAAUAAUUCUCCUACUAUAACUGAUUUAAUUUGGAGUCAAACUGGUCAUUUACUUUUAUGUAUAGAUACUCAUGGUCAAGUAAGUCUUUGGGAUGGAAAUACUUUAACAUUAUUAAAACAAAUAAAUCCUCCUCAUAAUUCAGAAAAUUCAGAAUCAGUAAUAGCUGCAUGUUGGUUAAGUAAUGAUAAAUUUGCUAUAUCAACAUCUAAAUUUUCAAUUAAAAUUUAUUCAGUUUAUAUUGAACAACAAUCAGCAGAUGUUCAAACAGUGGGAUUUCUUCAUGGUCAUGAAAAUGUAAUAUCAAUAUUAAAAUUAAAUGAAAUUUCAAAAUUAUUAGCUUCAGCUUCUGAUUAUGAUUAUCAAAUUAAAGUUUGGAGUAGAGGUGCAUCACAAGAAGGUAUUGAUCUUAAUAUUUCUGGUGAUGGAAUAAAAUCUCAUAAUUCUCCUCUUAUAAGUUUAGAAUGGUUAGAAAAUAUUAAUGAUGAAAGUAUUUUAUUAUCAGUAUCAAUAGAUGGAACUUUAAAUAUUUGGAAUGCUAUAACAAGAGAUAAUUUAGUAAGUACUGAAUUAUUUAAAAAUCAUGAUAAUUUUAAAUUAAAUGAAGAAUCUCAUAUACAAAUUAAUGAAGAUUCUUUAGUAUUUGCUUGUGCUUUAUCUCCUAAUCUUAAAUAUUUAGCCAUUGGUGAUGAUUAUGGUAAAGUAACUAUAUGGGAUGUAUCACAAGAUUCAAUUAAACAAUCAAAGAAACAAAAAUUUUUAAAAUGUUUAGGAAUUUUUGAUAUUCAAUUACCCAAUAUUGAACAAGAUUCAACUACAGAACAUAAUACAGGAAUUUGUGAUAUAAAAUGGGAUACAAAUUCUCAUAAUAUUUCUGUAUCUUAUGUUGGAAUUACUAGUGUAAUUCUUGAAUGGUUAUAUUAAGAAUCAUACAUUAUAUUUCUCUACUUUGUAUUAUUAUAACUUUUAUUAAUUCUUAUGUAUCAUUACAAAAUAAACG